UCUAGCAACGUGAAAUGAAGGCAGUCGGUUUUUGUUUAAUUGGGAUGCAAAAUUUGAGCCAAUUAACUUGUUCCGUGUCUGGACACUCGACAACAUAGAUUCCCAACUCUCCUUGUUUUUAUUGGGAAGGGUGGUUAACUGCGGAAUUAGACGGCAGAGCCAGGCAGCCCCGAUGGAGCAGCACGGAGCAGGCACUAUGGACCUGAAAGAGGAUCAGAUUCAACUGCUGGAGGAGACCUUCACCCGAAUGAGGCAGCCAGACUCCUCGACCGUGAUGCUGAUUUCGGCGGAGAUUGGCCUAUCGGAGAAGGAGACAGCGCAAUGGUUUAAGGAGCGCUAUGCAAAGUGGAGACAGGCAGAAGGAUUACCUCCAGAGUGUGGAUCUGUCAAAGACUAAAGACUGGUAAACACUGCCAUCACCAUGGAGUCAAUUCCACUACGCUGCAGGCUACUUUCACUUCACUGGCUAUAUCCAGCAGAAAUGCCUCCUUGGUUAGGUUCUGAGCUUAAUACCUCCUGUCAGUGACUUUGGUUUACUUUUGUGAAUUCAAAGUAUGUUUGAUUUAAUUUUUGCAUAAUUUGAGUCUCAUUAUUGUGUGUGUGCUCCCUUACAUUAUAUGCUAAUUUCAAUUUAUUAAUGUGAUUAUUAGAGAAGUAAAUUUGUUUAUUGGGUUUAAGUGCAAUUAUUAAAUCAUUUAUCUGUGAGACAUUAAAUAAUAUAUAAAUUGAAGACAAACAUGCACUCCUUUUGUGCCCUUUAAAUAAAAAGCUUAUGUUUUCA